AGUACAAAGGUUGUGCUAUUUCCGGGUAUUACGUCGUGUUGUGCAAUACCUAAGCUUUCGAUAAACGUAUAUAACCUGCAAAUUAUUCAGCAAAAUUUGAGCGGUCCUUCCACAGGGGAAGCUAAAUAGCGUCCUUGAUUGGUUUUAUUUUGGUAGGCAUUCCUUCAGCAUCAGGAACUGCUGAGACAGUAUCGUACGUUCAAACAUUCAUAUAGACAGUUCACUCAGUCUGAAGUCUACUAAAGCCAUUCUUUUGGAAGACUUGUAUAUCCACUGCCCAUUUAAAAAGCUGUCACUUGAACUGGUCCAGUGUUCUGAUACUUUAGCCGACAGGGUGUUUGAAACAGAAGACACCAAAAGAGAGGGAGUACCUCCUAAACCGAUGUCCUUACCUUUUUGCAAAUUUUUCAUAUCACCUCAAGGAUGCAGAUUUGGUAACAAGUGUCGGUAUAAACACCCAGAGCCAUUUUUAAACUCUUCUGAUACCUUUGUCAAAAGGCCAGAUAAUCAGAAUGAAGGCUCAAUAAACGUCUCCCUUCCUUCAGCAACAUCACAAGCACCUCUUUUUAAUACAAAUACAUCAUCAGUUAAGAAACAAAAUGAGGGCACAGUGAGAAGUGCUGAAUAUCCAGAUUUAGAAAAAGUAUUUGAUUGUUCAAAUGAAAAUGGUUGUACCACCCGCUCUACUCCUUCAGACAUCCUAAAUCCCCAGCUGCCAACAGCUCAACAGCCUAAAAAGAUUUUACACAAUGGAGAGCAAAGCCAGAGUGUAAAAAAUGAACUCAAAUCAUCAAAGCGUUGCCAUUACUUUUCUCAGUUUGGUACCUGUCGAUAUGGAGAUGGAUGCCAGUUUACCCAUAUCCUGGGUCAACAAAGACUGGCACCUAGAUUUCAACAAAGAUCCUCAUGGUCAGGUCACAGGAAUCCUGAAUCUUCAUACAUUACAGACAAAAAUGCCAGCCAUAGAGGUUGGAUGAAAGAGUCACAGAAUGACUAUAAAAGAAUUAGUCCAAAUGUGACCAGGGAUCGAAGAUUCCAGAGUAACUCUUCUGCUGCCUCUGUGGGUAGCUUUGAGCAUGAACACAAAUCAGCUGAUCAGAAUGAUGGGGAAGAAAUAAAGAAUUUGAAAAAAGAUUUCUUUGUGAGAAAAGUAUGUCCUUUCUUUCCAAGUGGAAGAUGUUGGCGAGGGAAAAGGUGCAAGUUCCUACACCAGGAAGAUCAGGUCCCUAGCUCAGCUGAAGAUAAAGAUGAUGAUUAUGAAAGAGAAUCCCCUCAGCUGAAGUAUAGGGAAGGUGAAGAGAAAGAGUCAAGAAAUGACAGCUCUCCAGCAAAAAGCACAAAGCAGAAUGCACAGUCUCAGAAUCCUAGGGUUCCAUAUAUCCCUCAGGGUGUGCGUCGUUGGCAACGAAGUAAUUUGGAUGACACAGAGGCUUCUCGACUUAGGAGGACAGAGAUUGAGCAACUUGUAAAAAGAUUUCCGAAGAACAAGUUGAAAGUAGAGAGGGAUACACAGGACUCAUUUAAAUGUGUGGUUACCUUCACACCAACCGAUCCAGAUUGGCCAUUUGAUGUCAAAAACUAUGACCUGCAGUUGUACAUCCCUAAUGACUAUCCAUUGGAGAUGUUGGCCAUCACAGUCCCUUCAAAACAGGACUUGCCAGAAACAGUCAGAAGAUAUUUAGAGGUGUCCAUCUUAGAAUGGCUGGAAGAAAAAAAGAAGGAAUUGGAAGAUAAAGGUCAAGUGGAAUUGGUAUUUCGCCCUUUCAUUCGUUGGCUUGAUAGAUCAAUUGAGGAUGUGGUCACUGAUGGAUUGCGACAGUUGAAGCGAGAAUUGACCGCAGAGGCUGCAGGUUUUCAGUUCAUUUCGGCUAAAGAGCUGCAGAAACAGUACCAAGCUAAUGCUAAUGAGGAUGAGAUAUCAGAUGAUGAAAGCUCAGAUGAGGAUAACUCAGAGGACAGUAGCCAAGAGAAUGAAGAAGAUACCAGUAAUUCAGGCUCAGAAGAUGAUGAAUACUCGGAUGAUAACGAGCAGCCUAGUGGGACUGAACAGACCAGACAGGACAGUAAUGGAAACAGAACAGCCAGGCAGGAUAAGUUGAGAGCAAUGCUAGCAGAGCCCAUUCGCAAGGGAACAGAAAUAGCACUAAAAAAUCUGCAGAUGAAGGAAAGUGUAGGCACCUUCUAUAUUGAGAAGAUUUUCCUGGCCAUUCAGUGUGAACGUUGCAAAGGAACAUCCGAGUUUCUUACAUCUGGUGGGCGAACCAACCUGGUGCAAUGUGGUCGGUGUGCAGAGAAACAGCUUGCCACAUUCAGACCUGCUCUUGUUCAUCAUUUCUCUGCUGUCAUUGGCUACCUUGAUCUCGAAGGCUGCUUGCCUUUUGAUGUCAUUCUCCAGAACUGUAGCAUUGUGGCCAACUGCCUUCAGUGCAGCAAGGAAACAAAAUUAGGCGCUUUGCAUCCAGGUCAGAUACAAAAUAGUUGGUGUAGAGUCUGUCAUCAGAAGAUGAAGAUUGCUGCAGAUGGUGUUCGCUUCACACAGCUGGAGCCGAGUGCUACACAAGAUCUGAAGAACAUGCUAAAGGUGGUGGUACCACGCCAGCGGCGCCUGCCCAAAGAUCCUGCUAUUCAGGAAGGCAAACCUUUGCCAAGUUUUGGUACAUGCAAGCAUUACAAGAAGAGCUAUCGCUGGCUGCGGUUUCCUUGCUGUGGCAAAGCUUACCCUUGUGAUGCGUGCCAUGAUGCAAAUGAAGAUCAUGAAAUGAAACUUGCCAACCGCAUGAUUUGCGGGUUUUGCUGCAAAGAACAGGUGUAUUCUGCUGACAGACCUUGUAAAGGGUGUGAUUUGAACCUGACUAAAGUGCACACUCCACACUGGGAAGGAGGCCAGGGCUGCCGUGACAAGAUAACAAUGAGCAGAUUUGACAAACAGAAACAUCGUGGAAUGUCCAAAACAACAUCUAAACAUUCUCAGAAAGUUCAAGAUAUGCAGUCCAAAAAGAAAACAAAGCUUCGUCACAAUUAAGCAUUGAGCUGACAGAAAAUACUAAAGACUUGCAUUAUUACAGCUGUAAUUCAGCUUUUUGUUGUUUUUGUCUACUUUAAAGGAAUUCCUUCUUUAUAUGUAUUUCAUCUUGUAAAUUUGUAGCUAUAUUCCUGAUAUUGCAUUGUAAUUUUUAAAAUUUUUAGUUUCAUUGAAAUAUUUAGAUUGCACAGUAUUUCAACUGAUGUGCAGAUAACUUUCUUAUUUGUAGGAUUGUGAUGUUGGUUUGUUACAGACUGGACUUGUUUUUGUUUUGUAUUUAAUUUCCUAAUAGGAAUUCAGAAGUUUAGAAUUUCAUUUGUAUGUGGAUACUUCAGUUUUAUUGAUGACUACUUCUGACUACUGUCUUGUUUUACCCAUUAAUUCUUUUAAACACUGUUUCAUUCUAUCCCCUAACUAUUUCUAAGUCGUUGAUCUAAACACACACUUUCAUGAUAAUCAAGUGUUUCUGAACUUUUUAUUUGCAUUUUGUUUUGCAUCGUGUACAGUUAAAAAAUACUUUCAA